CUUUCUGAUCAGAAGUGAAGAUGGCCUUCUGCCUCAGGGCUUUGGCUUUGGCCAUUAAACAGCCCAUUUCAUAUGUCUAUGACCAUGUCUUCAAGAAAAUUGGAGUUUUAGCACAGAGACAGGACACUGAAACAAAUUCCACAGAGGAAAGGAGUGUACUGAGGAGCUCGGUCUGCAGAAUACUACAAGCAAUGGAAGCCAUUAGGAUCCAAGAGCCUCAGGUCGCCCCAGGAAUGGGUGCAUCUUGCCGUGGGAGUCAACAUCGCCCUAAGGAACCUGUCCGCCACAUGCCGACACCUAUCCGCGUUACUGCAAAAAACGCCACAGAUGGAUGGUGCGGGCUCAGCACUUCGACCUACAGAAUACUGCAGGAGAUGGAAGCCGGGAAGUAUAGGCCAAGAGUGAUGCCACCACCAAGAUUGCGCCUAGCAGCAUCACCCGCACCAAAGCGCCAGCCUGCACCCUCAGUUGCAGCCCUGCCCAGCACUGCGACCAAGAAGGCCCAUGUUGCGGUCACGGGAGGGAAAGGCACAGAGGGAUGGUGCGGGCUUGGUGGCUGCUCCUCUCGAGUUCUCCAAGCCCUGGAAGCCAUGCAGGGACCAAAGGAAAAGGCUCUGCACCCACAAGUCAUCAUUAACAAAAAUAGGAAAGAAGGCCGCUUCCAGAUAUUAAAGUGCCUCCGGAAGCUGGAUGAGGAGACUCCGCAGAGGCCAGGUCUGCCAACCAGCCCCAGACAAUCAACACCACCACAGCCCCUGCCGGCUCCUCCAUCAGUUCCUGUCCCAUCCAGCACUGCAGGCUCCUUCGAGAGCCCUGGAUAUGUGGGACCAAAGGAAAAGGGUGUGCACCUACAAGUUGUCAUUAACAACAAUUGGAAAGAAGGCCGCUUCCAGAUAUUAAGGUGCCUCCGGAAGCUGGAUGAGGAGACUCCGCAGAGGCCAGGUCUACCAACCACCCCCAGACUAUCAACACCAUCACAGCCCCUGCCGGCUCCUCCAUCAGCUCCUGUCACACCGAGCACCGCAGGCUCCAUCGAGAGCACCAGAGAUGUGGAGACUCCGCAGAGGCCAGGUCUGCCAACCAGCCCCAGACAAUCAACACCACCACAGCCCCUGCCGGCUCCUCCAUCAGUUCCUGUCCCAUCCAGCACUGCAGGCUCCUUCGAGAGCCCUGGAUAUGUGGGACCAAAGGAAAAGGCUGUGCACCUACAAGUCGUCAUAAACAACAAUUGGAAAGAAGGCCGCUUCCAGAUAUUAAGGUGCCUCCGGAAGCUGGAUGAGGAGACUCCGCAGAGGCCAGGUCUACCAACCACCCCCAGACUAUCAACACCAUCACAGCCCCUGCCGGCUCCUCCAUCAGCUCCUGUCACACCGAGCACCGCAGGCUCCAUCGAGAGCACCAGAGAUGUGGAGACUCCGCAGAGGCCAGGUCUGCCAACCAGCCCCAGACAAUCAACACCACCACAGCCCCUGCCUCCUCCUCCAUCAGUUCCUGUCCCAUCCAGCACUGCAGGCUCCUUCGAGAGCCCUGGAUAUGUGGGACCAAAGGAAAAGGCUGUGCACCUACAAGUCGUCAUAAACAACAAUUGGAAAGAAGGCCGCUUCCAGAUAUUAAGGUGCCUCCGGAAGCUGGAUGAGGAGACUCCGCAGAGGCCAGGUCUGCCAACCAGCAUCAGACUAUCAACACCACCACAGCCCCUGCCUCCUCCUCCAUCAGCUCUACUCCUACCCAGCACUGCAGGCUCCUUCGAGAGCGCUGGAUAUGUGGAUAAGAACUGGAACAGGGGAAGGCCAGAUAACGCAGGAGGAGGCCCAAUCAGAUGUGCAGCGAGGUUCAAAGCGAGGAGAAGCUGGCCACAGUGAUGCCUUUCAAUAAAGGAUCAGUGUGAGGAGAUGGAUCGGUGCCCUUGAAGACAGUCUUUGUGGGCGUGAAGCCAAAGAGGGAGAAACGGAAUUCGACCCUAUUAUAGCAUUGACCUGAAGCCUACUUAAUUUCUCAAAUGUUCAUGCCUUGGUUUUAUAUACUUGUACAGUAUCUCUCCAUAUAUUAUUAGAUAUAUUUAUUAUUAUAGAUACCAAAGCCUUAA